ACUAUAUAAACUAAUCUUUUUUGUGUAAAUAUGUCUACUAAUUUUGUUUGGUUGAAAUACAAAUAUUAGUUAAUGGUUGGGAGUGAUCGAUAAAUCGACGAUAAUUGGUGUCUAUCUUCCCGUCGGUAACAAACAUUCAGUGUCUAUUGAUCGAAUGCGUGAUGACACAUUUUCUAUACGUGUGUGUACGAUUGUUUACAAUCGGCUCACCUGUACUCGAACAUAGCUUGUGUAAAGAUACGCAUUCAUUUAAUCACUUUUAUUAUGAGAAUAUAUAUUGUAACAUACGUAAAAUGAUGCAAUGUUUUCCAUAAUAUCAAUACUAACACUUACUAUUUUUCAUUUUAUUAAAGUUUCAUCAGAAUGUGAAUCGAAUGCAACAUUAUGGACUUAUUAUCCUUGUUCAUUUACUAUUUCUUCAACAUCAUUUUGUCAAUAUGUAUCAAUUAAUUCAUCAAUUGAUCAAUGUAUAAAUAGAGAAAUGACAUUUUUUUGGCAUUUUCCAUUUGGUAAUAUGACAUUAACACUUCAAUCACAUAAGAAUCAAUCAUUUUUAUUACGUUUAUCUAAAACAUUAUUAUUAACAAAUAAAUUAAUUAAAAAUAUUUAUCAUCUUGCAAAUAAUAAAACAUUAGAAGAACGAUUAAUAUACAAUAAUGCAAAUGCAAUAAUUACACUUUAUUCAGAUAAAUAUAAUCAAUGUUCGAUAAGAUUUGAAACAAUGAAUCCAAAUAUUUUUGAUUAUGGAACAUUUAUUCACAUGAAAGUUUUAACUGAUGAGAGUGAAAAUCUUUAA